AUGCAACAGGGUCCCUGCCUCUCCCUGGCCAUACGAAUGAAGAUUGCUCUGGGUGCUGCGAGGGGCCUUGCUUUUCUUCAUGAGGAAGCAGAAAGACCAGUGAUAUAUCGUGACUUUAAAACAUCCAACAUUCUAUUAGAUGCGGACUAUAAUGCAAAGCUUUCAGACUUCGGGCUUGCUAAGGAUGCUCCGGAUGGUGAUAAAACUCAUGUGUCAACACGAGUGAUGGGAACAUAUGGAUAUGCAGCUCCAGAGUAUGUAAUGACAGGACAUCUGACAUCAAAGAGUGAUGUCUACAGUUUUGGGGUUGUGCUACUUGAAAUGAUGACAGGGCGAAGGUCCAUGGACAAAAACCGACCAAAUGGCGAGCACAACCUGGUGGAGUGGGCACGCCCCCAUCUAGGAGAAAGACGACGCUUCUUCAGACUUAUAGAUCCUCGCCUAGAUGGCAACUUCUCAAUCAAAGGUGCCCAGAAAGCUGCCCAGCUGGCACAUGCCUGCCUCAGUCGUGAUCCCAAGUCCAGGCCCUUAAUGAGCGAUGUAGUGGAAGUGCUCAAACCAUUAAUAAACCUCAAAGACAUGGCAAGCUCUUCGUACUUGUUUCAGUCAAUGCAAGCAGAACGUGCUGCAGCAAACAGCAAUAACCAGACUGGAAGAAAUGGUUUGAAACCACAUGCUUCAUUUCCAAGAUAUGGGCACCAGCCUGUAAGAACCCUCUCUAAUGGUUCACAUCCUUCUCCAUACCGCCAGUCGCCAAAGGCCAAUGACAAACAACCAUGAGCACAUAUAUUCCUGUAAGUUAUUCCGAGGAAUUGGAGAUCUUGAAUGGCGAGAAGUGUGCAGGACUGUGGUGAUCUCUGUGUUGUAUGUCUGGUGAUAAGAAGUCUGAGGGCUGCUGGGGAUAAAGGUUGAUGGAGGUGUGGGGGGACUGGAGUCAACCUUUGUUGGUUACAAGUUACCUCAAAAGAAUGACUCUGAAGAUAUUUAUAAUUUGAUGCUUCCAUUGUCUUUUGUCUUGUUAUAGUAAUUGUCAGUUGCUUGAUAUAGUCAAUUGAGUUGAAGGAGGUUUUACAGUGUUAUCAGGUUUGUUCUCGGGGCUUGAAGAGUUUGUGAAUGAUUCAGACUGAAGAAUCAUGGGGAAUGUUCCUAUUUUUCCCUAUUUCUUUUCUUUUUUCUUUUUUAAAGCCUCUCUGUAAUUUUUAUCAAGCUUAAAGUGAUAGAUCAUCGGUUAUACUUUCCUUUCUA